AUGGCUCUGCGCCUCUGCAUGUGACGCCCCGUGCCGUUGUUGCUCGCGGAUGAAAACAAUCACGUUGACAAUCGUUGGAUUCCUGUGGUGCACGUAUCCACUUUGUCGGCUGGAGAAUACGGCGGAGAAACGACCUGCCGAUCUGGCUGACGAUUGAAAGACGCUGCCGUUUAUUACGUCGCGCACACUUAGCUUAUGUACGUUAUAUGCGUGAGUGUCGAAAUUAGUAUUCGAAAGGUAACUGGUUGGGAGAGGAGCGGUCACUGACGAGAGGCGUUUUAAAAUCUACGAAGAUGAGUGACGAUCAGAUGAAUGUGCAGAAUCCAACUGCAGAGCUGUCAUCAAGCGCUAUAGAAAAAUUGGAAGAAGAAAAAUUAAAAGCAAAGUUCCCAAAUGCAGCGGGUCGACCAUUUGGUGGCCAUUCUGCAUUUUUGCAAAAAAGAUUAGCUAAAGGGCAAAAAUAUUUUGAUUCUGGGGAUUAUCAAAUGGCAAAACAAAAGUCUACAGCCAAGCCAAAGCCAGCUGGUGUUCUGCCAACAGGAGAUGCUAUACCAACACCAGAAACAGUACCGCAGCGAAAAACAUCUAUUAUCCAACAAAAAUUCAAUACAUCGACAACAUCAUAAAUCUGUAUACUUACUUUAUCAUUUUUAAAAAUUACAUAUUGUUAAUUAGCCUUAUCUU